CCGAAUGGGAUUUGGUGUGCGAUCGUGCCAUACAACGCACCUCAGCACAGGUGGCACUUUCUUUAGGAAAAUUGUUUGGUUCCUUCUCUUUCGGCGUUUUAGCGGAUAAAUUUGGGCGCAAGGCUUCCUUCACAUUGGGCGCUGCCUUUUUUAUAGUCGCCAGCCUUUUAUGCACAUUUUCGCCUUGGUAUGAGCUCUUCUUAGCCGGCCGUUUCGGUUUGGGUGCUGCGUCAUCGGGCCUUUUUUAUCCUGCUUUCACAAUGAUUGUGGAAAAUAUCUGCCUGCGUCAUCGUUCCUGGAUGUCAAUCGCUUUUUCGGCCUCUUAUCCGAUUGGCAUGAUCUUAUUAGCCGUCGCUGCAUAUCUUGUGCCACAAUGGCGCUAUCUUCAGCUUACGCUCACAGUUCCAGCGCUGUUGUUGAUUCUUAAUUGCUGCCUAAUGAAUGAAUCGCCACGUUGGCUUAUAACGAAGAAACGCUACGAUCAAGCCUACAGAAUAUUAUUCAAGCAAAAGUGCCAUUAUGAAGUGAAGAAAGAAUCCAUUGAGGCUAUCACCGAUAAGGAAGCUGAAGCGCUGCCUGAACCGGAACUUUCACUUUGGACCAAGCUGAAAGAAGGUCCUCUCAAACAAUUCAAUGAACUGUUUGGCACUUGGAAAGUGCGCC